GAGCGAAUGCACAGAGUAACAUUAUAACAACUUUCAACACACAAAUGUAUCUAAUAUGAUAAAACAGCGCUGCGUUACGCCACAUUUCAAUAAAUCAUGGCGUCAUCAAACUAUGCCUUUGUUUUGAAUAUGCGACCUCUAGCGGUGAAAAUUACAUAUUGUGCCUUUAAUAAAUAAUAUUAACAAAUACAACUUUCAAUUUUCAUAAUUCUAUUUCAAAAUGUUAAAAUUAAUAUUAACCAAGAUUGAUGAAUGCUUUAGAAUUAUUUUUCAUUGUUAGUUUAUGUUAAAUAAUGUUGUUAGAUACAAAGUUCUGUCAUGAAACUCUAAAUGGCGCAGGCUGAUAGCAAACUGCUAGCAAUCACAUCAUUCUUAGGGCAUAGCUGAUUGGUUCCUGUUGUAUCAGCAACCAAUGAGCUCGCUGCUCAACUUUCAUAUACUUGGUCAGUGUUUGCUGUAGCAGUUGCAGCACACUUUCAGAAACCCUCCACCUUCCCCAGCUCCACCUGUAUAGAUCUGCUAUGGGUUAUUCAUGUAUGCAAUAUUAUACUUCACUCGUGUUGCUCGCGGCAAAAGUUGAAGAUUUCUCAACUUCUCAAGCGGCAAUGCAGGCGUCAGCCAAUCUGAUUACCUUAUGCAAAUUCCCCAGCGCAGACCUAGCCGAUUGUGUUAAUGCAACACCCGGAAAGUAAUGUGAUUGGCUGUUAUCACUAUAACGGUCGCGUCAGCACAAGCUUCAGACACGCCCUCCAUCAAGCGUUGAUGCCGACGCCUCGUGUAAAUGCAGCGUUACAUGCUCACAGCAGCAUGUCUGUAUAAACCUCACUCCUCUGAACUCAAGAGGUGCUCUAGCGACUGACGCUAGAUACUGCGGUCUUUAGCCUCCUUGUUAGAGUGCCCGACUCCCAUGCCGGCGGACCAGGGUUCGAGUCCCACUUAGGGCGGACAGUUCAAACAGGAGGGGUUACAUUGAUGCCGUGACCCAGAUGGGAGUGUGGUUUAGGAAGGGUGAGUGUAACAGACGUAGGCUAGUGAGAGCUGUGCGUGUAAACCUCACUCCCCUGAACUCAAUAGGCACGCUAGAGACUGUGUUCUUUAGCCUCCUUUUUAGAGCGCCUGACUCCCCGGCGGACCCGGUUUGCGUCCCGCUUAGAGCAGGAGGUUCGAACAAGAGGGGUUACAUGUGCAGCAGCAAUAAUCAACAGCAGCAGCGUAGCGGUAGCAUCUAUUAUGCCAAGACCAAACGUAUUAACAUUGUCAUAUCCGUUAUCAUACCAAACACUUGGGGACUUGUUAUGACACAACUAAUGCAAGUGGAACCUUAUUGUAAAGGACUACCAAAUUCUUUAAAAAAUAUUUUUUGGUAUGAAUGGAAAAACAAAUCCCAGAUUUUCAAUGCUCAGAAGAGGAACUGAAAUAUGACAAUGCCAUUACUUCACACCAUUGAUAACAACAUAAAAGAUAACAACCCUAUCUUUAUCUAUAAUUUCCCAUACAUGAUGAGCAGUUCAUGGAGUGAAGAGAAAUAAUUGUUUGGUUGUUGGGGUUCUUCAAACACAACACGGCCUGUAUCUCAUUUGCUCAGUGCCUCGGGGAGUGAAGGUGGCAUUGUGACAAAGUGCAACAUACAUGCCAAGUUUGCCUGAGCGUGCAUUAGACGUGAUGACGAGCACUCUGCCUAAUUGUCACAAAUGGUUUGUUAUGGAGACUACACUCUGAUUUCUCAUUUUUAGGGCUCCACAAUGGAAUGAUAUCAUGGGUGGAGUAUAUGACAACACAUCCAAAUGGAUUAGAAUCAGAUAAAAUAAUAGACAUCAACGAUCAUCGCAUUAUCUUCCUCUGAGAGGUCCAUAACACAAUGUUUUGCAAUAUGCUGCCACCUCAGUGAUACAGUACAUCUCCUCUGGCCACUAUGAUUUUGUGCUGCAGAGAGAUACUCAAUCCUAAUGGAAUUAUCAUUGUUUAGUGGGGACCAUAGUAGCUUAUAAAACAGGUAUGAUGUGAUCUCAUGAAAACACACUGGACGCUGGCCUGCUUUUCUAUGUCCCUCACAGUUCCUCUGUCUUUUCUUUCAGGCAUGAGCAGGCUGGUGUUCUGCUCUGAUAGCUGCUGUGAGGGAAAAAUAAGGACGUCUUGUCUUUGUGUUUCCUGCUGAGUUUAACCUUUAACUGAGGUCAGUCUGUACUUUGAAAAGCAUCUCUUCUAGAUGUGAGCGAAAAAAGAGGAUAACAAUUUAUAAAGGAGGGAAUUAUUGUUAUGAUUAAAGGGGACCUAUUAUGCCCUUUUUUCAAAGUUUUGAUUUUGUUUUUGUGCUCUACUAGAAUAGGUUUUCAUGCUUGAGUGUUCAAAAAACACAUUAUUUUUUACAUUUCACAUUGUUGCAGCACCUCUCUUCCCAGUCCAACGUUAUCUUACAACCAAUUCGUACGUAUUUUACGAGAUGGCUAAUUCGUACAAAUUCGUAUGACCUCACUCGUAUGAAUUCAUAUGAUUUGUCCAAACCCCAGUGGAUGGGUAGGUUUAGGGGCGGGGUAAAGGGUAGGUCAUUCGUACGAAUUCAUAUGAAUUUGGCAACUCGUAAAAUACGUAUGAUUUAGUAUGAAUUCGUACGAGUGAGGUCAUAUGAAUUCGUACAAAUUCGCCACCUCAUAAAAUACGUACGAAUUGCCGUGAGAUCGGGUUGCCCAGUCUGUCAGUAAAAUUCUGUUUAGUUCCUGUCGCUAUGAAGCCCCUCUUUCUGAAAAGCGCAGUGUGCUCUGAUUGGACCAGUGUGUUUCGAAAAUGUCACGCCCCGCCCCCUACCAUAAACGCACACUACUAAUGCAACUCACACCCCUUUUUUACAAAUGCCUUGGGUGGGAAUUAUUUAAAUGAGGAAUAUUGUGAUGCGUUCAUUCCUGUAAGAAAACAUUAAAUUACAAAAAUUAUUGUUUACUUGAAGAGGGGUGUUCAAAGUGAAAGGUAAAAGCCGUUUAAAAUUUUGUGUUCACAAAGAAAUGGGGUUCAUUUCAAAUAUAUGGAUCAGUACACCUCUCUCAGACAUGAAAUCAUUUAAUCUCAUGCUUCUGAACAGGACAGGUUUAGUCCUUCUGAGCCAUAGAGAUGUCAUCCUUUGAAAGUUUUAAUGUGUCAUAAAUAUGCUGCUUCAUGCUUAUCAGAUCUUUUCCUGAGUGUGAGUAUGUGUGCAUGAGUGAGAAUUUAUGCACAGAUGGGUGAGGAGGUGGAUCAGAAGAAGAGAGACUGUUUGGUUCAUGUAAGAGUCACGGUGUUGCUUUGUUUUAGCAAUAUAAAAUAAAGCCGUGCUUUGAAGACCGGUCAACACAAGACAAAUGCACAGUGUCUAUAUCAAACUACAACAUCCAUGAGCUCAACUUUUUUUGUGAACUUAUCACAAAAGGGAUAUAAUAUUAAUCCAAUCUUAAUAGUGUGGAUUAAAAGGUUGUCGAAAUCAGCAUUAUUUAGCUUCAUGAGCAUCACAACAGGAUUGGUAUUUUUUUCCUCAAAUUUGUUGCUUAUUCUUUCCUUUAUCAUUGUUUUGAAUCUGGCUGCACAUUCAAAGUUUGACAUCAAUUUUCCAGCUCCUUGAACUAAGGCAGAACCUUAACUUUCUCAGUUCACGACUGUGAAAGAUUGUAUCAGACCUCAUGAGCAACAUGCUGAGAAAGAGAUGGCAGUCAAACCAAAGGGAUUUAGUAUUUUUCUGUAAGCAUAACUAAACCAAGCAUCCAAAAGAAAUGAUCAAAAUAAUGAAGAAACUGAGAACCAAUGAUGGCCAAUGUAUUAUGAUCAUUAUGUUUUUAAAUAAGCAGCAUAUUUAUGAGACAUGUUAUUAUUUAAGACAGUACUUACCUUCACCUCUCAGGAAAAUGUGUCAUGGUUACAAAGUGUAUGAUGAUUAAAAUAUAUAUUUUUAGUAACCAUAAAUUAUAUACAAAUUACUGUAAGCAACACAUUAUAUGUGAAAAUAAACAAGAAGAUAGUUUUGAUUAAAAAUUAUGUAAUUAAAAAGGCUGUGAGGAGUAAAAGGUCUUCAGAGGGAGCUGUAGUGAUGGAUUAUACUGUAGAAAUGAGUGAAAAUUUGUCUAAAAAAAUACUUUUAAUACAGCAGGGAAAAAAGUAAAUGCUUAUUCAAAAUAAUCACUUUGGCAAAAUGUGUACCAUUUCCUGAUUAUUUAAAAAUAGCAUUUCAUAAAAUCUGAAGUAUUUUACACAACUUCUGUAUCAUUCUGCUUUUAGUAAACAAGCUGCAUCUUGAAGCUUGUGUUAGUUCAGGCACUUCACAUAUGAAUCUCCAUUGUAAUUGGAACAGUCAAUAUGGGACCUCUUUCUCUGUAACAAAUCCAUUCUCCUCACUUAAGAAGAACAAUUAAUUGCAGUACAGACGUUCUACAUUUUCCUCCUUUGCAAGCUCAGGGUUUUGGGCGGCCUUUAUGACCACAUCCUUUUCAACGAGGGCCUUUAGCUCCAGCAACAAUUGUUGUGCUUAUUGAAGAGUUACUGAGAAAAAAGCUAUAGAUUUAAUCACCUAAUACAAAACUGCAAAUCAUAAACCUGCAUAAACAAAAUCAUAAACAAGCAUUUUGUCUUAAAAGAGCUACAUAUUAUAGUUUAAUCUUUCAUUGCCUGUGUACAUUUUUCACAUUGUUAAUGUUUUAAAUGAUUAAUGUUCAACUUCCUCCUGUUGCUAUUGCACCUAAUGAACUCAUGGAUCAGGAAAUCCCAGUGUAUUGUGACAGUUUAGGAAAGUGUUGUGGAUGUGUUUGUUGUUAUUUGGUGUUGUGGGAGAAAGAAAAAAAAGUGCAUUUUACCCCCCGGGACCUUUAACCUAAAAAUCUCACAUUUUUCUGUUUUUAUUUUUAUGAAUUUAUAAUUUACAGGCAGUCAACAACAUGUAGCAUAUGUAAAUAUUUAUUUUAGGCUACUUGCAAUCCACAUUGUUAUCGUGCUUUCUAAUGCAUUACCUAUAAUAGCCUAUGUAAUAGCUUACUUGAAGACAGACAUCUUUGACUGUUGCGCUGCGUCUCUCUGCGUUUUCAGCGUCUUGCACAUGAACACCACGUUUUAAAAACGAUUCAACUUGCCGUUUUUGCACCGCUUUCUAUUCAAACGGCCACUUCAUUCAGCCCACCGAGGUUUAAACUCUCCUAGUGUUUGGCAUCUAUUUAGCCAAUUGUUGAAUCGGGACGAGACUCGGCAGAAAUCAUGUUCAUGGUUCAUUCAGAGCAGAGCGAGUGCUGUGCAAGCAGAAACGAGAGCAGCAGAACUUUUAUUAUGCCACAGUCACUGCUUCUGCUUCUUCCGGUCAAGCCUUUGUGGGGAAAGCAGUGCUGGUUUCUACAAAAUAAAUCCGGAAACCAAGGGUAAUGUGGGUAUGAUGUCAUUGACAGGCGACGCACGGACGUGGUCCGUGUCCUGGUUAAAAUAGCUUAUUUCUCUGAAUUUAAACAUUCAUGGAAACAUUUGUGAUAAUGCGGAGAUAAAACACAAGAUGCAGUAACAGCAUCACUUAUUUUUAGUCCCAGACGAUGGAAUUCAGUUUGAGAAGCCCAGUGUGAGAAAGUGAAGUACGCACAGAAUUUACAUUCUCACCCACAUAAAGAUAAAGCAAGGAUUUGAGAGCAUGGGUUGGCAAGAGACCCUAUGGCUUUUGACAUCAUUUAUCUUGAGUGUAACAAAGGCUGGAACAACAGAGACAAAAGCAGAGCCCACCACUGACUUAUCCCUUACUCCUGUCAUGAUGGCAGUGGAGGGAGAGAGACUGAUCAUGACUCAGUCUCAGUACAAAUGUCUGGAGCUUCUGAGCCGAGAUGGAUCCCAUAAUAAAACAGGUUUGUUCUGCAGCAGAUUCUGGGAUGGCUUGCUCUGUUGGGAUGAAACCCCAGCUGGAACCUUUGCCUCACAGAACUGUCCAGAUUACCCCAGCUUCGACCCCUUGGAAAAAGUAACCAAAUACUGUGAUGAAUCUGGCAACUGGGUACACAGUUCAUCCGUCAAUAAGACCUGGUCCCACUGUCUCACAUUCUCAAAGGAAAAAAUUAAGACUUUACCAGUUCAUGGCUUUUUAGAGACGGAGACGGAUAUGGAUCCUACAGCUGAGAGUCAGGUCAGCCCUGUAGUGACUCAGAAAGCGGAGGAGAGGAAGAAGAUCAUCGAUGGUCAAUAUAAAUGCUUUGAGAAAAUGAACAGAGACCAGCCAUAUAACAAAUCAGGUCUAUACUGUAACCGCACUUGGGAUGGAUGGCUAUGCUGGGACGACACUCCAGCAGGAACGUACACUUCUCAGUACUGCCCCAAUUACUUCCCUGACUUUGACUCUACUGAAAAGGUCACCAAGUAUUGUGAUGAGACUGGAAACUGGUUCAGGCACCCCGAAACAAACAGGACAUGGUCCAACUACACCCUUUGCAUUGCUCAUACCAAGGACAAGCUCAAGAUGGCGUAUAUUUUGUAUUACAUGGCGAUUGUGGGUCAUGCUCUUUCGAUAGUGUCCCUUCUCAUCUCACUGGCCAUAUUCUUUUAUUUCAGGAGUCUGAGCUGUCAGAGAAUCACUCUACACAAGAACUUAUUCUUCUCGUAUGUGCUCAACUCAGCCUGCACCAUCGUCAACCUCAUAACUGUGGUCAACAACCCCAAAGUGGUGCAGAGGAAUCCGAUUGGCUGCAAGGUACUGCACUUCUUCCACAUGUACAUGCUGGGCUGUAACUAUUUCUGGAUGCUCUGUGAGGGGAUUUACCUGCACACACUGAUUGUGGUGGCCGUAUUUGCCGAGGAGCAGCAUCUGCACUGGUAUUAUCUUCUGGGCUGGGGAUUCCCCUUGGUGCCUGCAUCCAUCCAUGCUGUGGCGAGAAAGAAAUACUUUGAUGACAACUGCUGGAUGAGUGUGGAGACCCAUCUGCUCUACGUGGUUCACGGCCCCAUUAUGGCAGCUUUAUUAGUCAAUUUAUUCUUUCUGCUGAACAUAGUACGAGUCUUGGUGACCAAACUGAGAGAUACGCACCGAGCUGAGUCUAACAUGUAUAUGAAGGCAGUGAGGGCCACCCUCAUUCUUGUGCCCUUAUUGGGCAUUCAGUUCGUCAUCUUCCCUUGGCGGCCAGAGAACCGCUUGGCAGGAGAGAUAUAUGAUUACAUCAUGCACAUAUUAAUGCAUUACCAGGGAUUGCUGGUGGCAACCAUAUUCUGUUUUUUCAAUGGAGAGGUCCAGGGAGCUCUGAAAAGGCAGUGGAUGCAAUACAAAGCCCAGUGGGGUCAGCGACGGCGCGAGCACUGCUCCAUGAGAUCCACCUCCUACACCGCCACCUCCAUCACUGAGGUGCCCGCUUUCAUGUACCAUCAUGACUGCAACAGUGAACACUUGAAUGGUAAACAAACAGAAGACUCAGAGCUAGUGGCCCUCAAGAUGGGUGAGACAUACGCAUGAACGUAAAAAAGACAAAACCGGCAAAGAAGUGAUUCAGUCAAACUGGAGACUCCUUUACGGCAAAGCAACAUUGACUGAAUGUUCGCAAACUCCCCCAUCUCAGACAGCACUUAAGAGUUGACAACAGAACAUUCAAAGCCUGUGUGUUGGCACCAUCGAAUCUGUUGAAAUAUUACUCAAGGCUUUGUUUAUAUUCUCUACAGCUCUGCUUCUGCGAGUUGAAACGCAAAAGAAGCAAGAAAAUACAGACAUGGGCCGCAUUUCUUAAAAUAUUUCAUGUUAAAGCUGCUAGUUUCAGGCUCCCCUCACAUCCUUUUCAGGCCCAUGGCCACAAACAAAAAAGUAUCUUCGCAAAAAACCAAAGGAUGUGUUGAUUUGUGGGACACUGAGUGUUUCUCUAAAGCUACUGGGAAAUGAUCCUCCGGAGAACAGGCUACACUCAUCCGUCUCUGAACAAAGGAGAGUUCUUCUGUGCCUCAAUCCUGUUCCUGAUGGUCAAAGGAGGUUACGAGGACCUGUCUGAUGGUCAUUUCGCAUUUGAAAAUAGCUUUUUAUCUGUCUUGCGAGACUCCUGACUGCUUUAUUGUUUUUGCAGCUGUGCUUUUCUGCCUCGUCUUUGUUGCGAAAGGGGGAGUGGAGGAAAAAGAUGAACAAUUUUAGGACUGCUUGAGUGAAUUAAUAAACCUGUGCAUAGACAUGCAUAAAAAUGUAUUCUGUAAACAAAAACAAAACAAAAAAAAGAGACAAAAAUAUAUUUAAUAAGCUCCCAUGCUUCAGAGUGCAGAUUGUAUUUAUCAGUCUGAUUUUGAGGCAUCUUUUCAGUGUUUUGGAGUGCUGCUUCGCCAGUAAGUGCAUUUCCUCUCUGCAACCAAAAUCCACUCUCAUGAAUGCACCAAAUGCACUUCACGUUUUCAACUAGUGAUCAAUAAUCCACCUUUCUUCACUUGCCUUUAUUUGACCACAAAUUACUUGUGGGACUGACUGAAUUAGGCUGGAAAUAAGAAACUAAGAAAAUAAGAAAUCAGCACAUUAAAUCUACUGAUUAAAAUAAAUUGAGCUAUAAAUUAAAAAAUAAAAAUAAAAAAAAUAUAUAUAUUUAUAUAUAUAUAGAUCAAAUUGAUCAAAAAUGACAGAGAAAGAUUUCUAUUUCAAAUAAAUGCUGUUCUAUUAGACUUUCUAUUUAUCAAUGUGAAUUUCACGUUUAUUAAAAGUGAAAUCUGAAGGAUCAUGUGACUGAAGACUGGAGUAAUGAUGCUGAAAAUUCAGCUUUGCCAUUACAGGGAUAAAUUACAUUUUAAAAUAUAUAUUAAAAUAGAAAACAGUUUUUUUUUUUUUUUAUUGUAAUAAUAUUUCACAAUUUUACAGUUUUUAUUGUAUUUUUGAUCUAGUAAAAGCAGCCUUGGUGAGCAUAAAGAGAUUUUUUUCAUAAACCUUAAAACAAAAUCAAAACCCCCAAAGUUUGAACUGGUAGUGAUACAUAAAUAUAGGUGUGAAAACGUUAAUAAAAUCAAAGCAGCCCAUCUUGUUGUUAUGACUGAAGAAACAUACUCUGGUGUUUUCUGAAAUGGCCACAUAUUUAAGAGUGUGUAGACUGAACAACUGUGAGGAAAACAAGACCCUCUUGGCUCAAAUCAGAUGGCGUCCGGGGAGCAUGUGAUGACAGGCAGCUGUCACAGCGUUUGCAUUGCUUGUCACAAGAAUACAGUAACAACUCUCACAGAUACUAAAUGCACAUGUGCAACAACAAUGAAAAUGCUCUUUAUAAAUAUAUCAAUUACUGCCAAAUGAGAAUCAAAUACAUUAUCAUUUAAAGAUCACAUGCAAAAAUCAAUUUAAAGGUACACUAUGUAACUUUUUAUGUUCAAAAUGAACAAAAUUUAAAUAAUGAGUCAAUACUUUAUCAAUCCUUCUUACAAAACAUGUUUUUGUCUUACCCUGGUUCACUAGCCUGUUAUAAGUGUUAUAUUUUAGACCAGGCGGGAUGGUUUUUGUGGGAAAUUGCACACAUAUGAAAAGUUGCACCGGCUACUUUGAUGCGUGUAUAAUGUGGGAGUGGCAUAGGUUAGUUGUCAUAACGAGUGUGAAAGGUCGACAUGGAGCAGCUAAAUCUCCAACCUCUGGAGAAUCACCUGUUUUAAACAAAAGUCAAACUAUUGAAGCUUGUUUCUGCCACUAAAUAAAAAAAUAAAAAAGGUAAUUUUUUUCUCAGAAUUGCGAGAUAUAAACUCGCAAUUGUGAGUUAUAAAGUCAGAAUUGCGAGAUAUUGAGUGUCGCAAUUCUGACUUUUUUUCUCGAAAUUGCGAUAUAUUUCAAUAAUAUAUAUUAUAAUAUAAUAUUAAUAUACAUUAUACAAUAAUAUAUAUUAUAAAGUCAGAAUUCCGAGAUAUAAACUCGCAAUUCUGAUUUUUUUCCUCAUAAUUGUGAGUUUAUAUCACACAAUUCGUGAUUCUGACUUUUUAUCACGCAAUUCUGACUUCGUAUCACGCAAUUAUGAAUUUAUAACUCAUAAUUGUGUUUAUAUCUCACAAUUCUGAGAAAAAAAGUCAGAAUUGUGAGAUAAAAAGUCGCAAUUACCUUUUUUAUUGUUUAUUUCAUGGUGGAAACAAGCUUCCAUACCGAACAGAGGAGAGUCUGCUGGCAAAAAGAGAACGCGACAGGGCUUGUAAUAAAACAAGAAUCAACAUUGGCUUGGCUUUUCAGAAAUGUAGAGAACUGCAGGAUUUGAAAUGUUGUAAAAGUGAUGCGGAGGUGGCGUUUUAAUUACUUAACAAGUGAGUAAUGUAUUUUAUUGAACAGAUAAAUUCUCAUAUGUUGCUCUCUAACAAAGUUCAUUGUAAAGCAUUAUCUAUUGUGAAGGUUCUUUUCAUUAUGGUUGUAGCGCUGUGUAUGCUAGAAUUUAUUUUCAAGGAAGUAUCAUGUCUAUUAAUGGGUGAAGCUACAGUAAGUCAUAAGCUAGUCAGCUUGAGAUUCUUUCCAUCUAAACUGGUUAUAUCUCUUAAGCCUAGUAGUGAAUGUUUAAUGAACAUUAGGAUAAUCAUAUUCAUCUGCACAGUCACGCAGAGCCGAAGCACAACCAAAACAAUGUUCUUCCUCAAAAUGCGGAACCGCUAGAGGGUCAAAAGUUACAUAGUGUACCUUUUAAGUAUUUACAGUAUAGGAAUGCUUUCCUACUGAAGCAAUGUGAACUUAUAUAUCUAAUACAAUGACACUCUGGACACAAGCUUGUCUUUUCUUCUGUACGAAAUGUUUAUUUUUUGUUACUAUGGACUACAGCACUGUACUUUUAUUUAAAAAAGAUGUUUAGCUGUACAUAGUGUGUUGUGUUUCAAUGGGUUUGAGGUAAAAUUGUGACAGUUGGGUCAUUUCAUUGUGAGUUGUGUCAGUACCUCAGACUUGGUAUUCACCAUGUAAUUGUUUUAGUCCAAUGUGAAAUUGAUUUAUCAUGGUGCAUAUGCAGUCAGUCAUUAAGCUCGUUUGAGCUACAGUUCUAAGUUUGUCAAAAAGUCAAAAAGCUACAUUUCUUGCUCAUGUUUUUGAAGUGUCUGUUGCUUGUGUUGGAGAUACCACUGAAAAACUAUUGUGCUUUCAGAAGAAAAAAAAAUAUUUUGUCAAACUUUCA